GUCCGAGGGCGCCGACACCCGGAGCUACCUGUGGGCCAGGUACCACGAGAUGAAGAAGCUGGUCUAUGAUCUCCUUCCACCAGGAGUCUGCAAUCUCCUCAACCCAGCAGCUAUCUACGCUAACAAUGAGAUCAGCCUGAGAGAUGUUGAGAUAUAUGGCUUUGACUACGACUACACGUUAGCGCAGUAUUCUAACUUACUGCACUCCAUGAUUUUCAACACUGCCAGAGACAUCCUAAUAGAACAGUUCAAGUAUCCAGAAGGGCUUGGGAAGUAUGACUACAUUCCAGGGUUUGCCAUACGCGGACUUCACUAUGACGUACAAAAGAGUCUGCUGAUGAAGAUCGAUGCUUUCCAUUAUGUCCAGCUUGGGACAGCAUAUAGAGGGCUCAAACCAGUGCCUGAUGAAGAGGUAAUCGAACUCUACGGAGGUACGCAGCACAUCCCCCUGUAUCAAAUGAGCGACUUCUAUGGCAAGGGUCCUUCACUUAAACAGUUUAUGGACAUCUUUUCUCUUCCUGAAAUGACACUGCUCUCUUCAGUCAUCGAUUACUUUAUAACUCAUGGCAUUGAGUUUGACCAGGUCCAUCUUUACAAGGAUAUAUCUGAUGCUAUUAGAGAUGUACAUGUGAAAGGAGUGAUGUACAAAUGGAUUGAAAAAGAUAUGGAACAGUAUAUUCUGCAUGGUGAUGAAAUCUAUGCUGUCCUAAACAGACUGGUGAACCACAAAAAGAAACUCUUCCUCAUUACGAACAGUCCCUUUAGCUUUGUGGACAAAGGAAUGAAACACAUGGUUGGCAAGAACUGGCGGGACUUAUUUGACAUGGUCAUUGUGCAAGCUGACAAACCCAACUUCUUCACUGAUCGGCGAAAACCUUUUAGAAAACUGGAUGAUAAUGGCUCACUGCAAUGGGACAAAAUAAACCAGCUGGAGAAAGGAAAGAUCUACAAAGAGGGUAAUCUCUUCGAUUUUCUGAGGCUGACAGGUUGGCGUGGAUCCAAGGUGCUCUACUUCGGUGAUCAUCUGUACAGUGAUCUUGCGGACCUCAUGCUGCGUCAUGGCUGGAGGACCGGAGCCAUAGUCCCUGAACUGGAGACAGAGAUUCGCAUCAUAAACACAGAGCAGUACAUGCACUCCCUGACCUGGCAGCAGGCUCUGACGGGGCUGCUGGAGAGGAUGCAGAUGUAUCAGGAUGCGGAGUCAAAGCAGGUACUGCUGGAGUGGAUGAAGGAGCGGCAGGAGAUCAGGUCCCUGACAAAGAACCUGUUCAACCCCCAGUUUGGAAGCAUCUUCCGUACCUUCCACAACCCCACGUACUUCUCACGCCGGCUGGUGCGGUUCUCUGAUAUCUACAUGGCAUCCAUCAGUUGCCUGCUGAAUUACGAUGUGAAUUUCACCUUCUACCCACGGCGCACACCUCUGCAGCAUGAGGCCCCGCUCUGGAUGGAUCAGCUCUGCACAGGCUGCAUGAAAACCCCCUUCCUGGAGGAGAUGGUGCACAUUCGGUGAAGGGCCGGCUAUUCUGGCCCACAGAGCAAGUCUGUAUGUGUGGCCACCAGCACCUCUGUCUACCACUAAAGGGUGUUUGACAUUUA